CGUUUUAUGAGGACAACGCCUUGUUGUGUCCUUGUUAUGUCGAUUCGUGAAUGCAGAUCAGGUUGAGUUUGCACCUGCUGCUUAGAAACACAUGGCAAGAUGCCCUUCUUGUCUUUAAUUCUUAAUAAAUUCGUUUCAACCCGACUAAAUUUAUUCGGUAUAACACGAUAUCCCCUACUUUGGCAAGUUUAUAGGUUUUUCCUCCAUUGACAACGGGUGCGACAGAAACGGACUCCAUUAUCGUAGUCAUUAAACUUGUUCACCUUCAUUCUUUGACAAGGGCUUGGUUUUGCUAAGAAGAUUGACAUUAAGGGUUUGGUUACGACUUCCCACAACACGCUUUACUCGAAUAAUAUGCUAAAUUAUGCGAGAGAAAAACUGAAAACAAAAGAGUACAGGAUUAUUAGACGCAAGAUCUCAUUGAUGUACAGAAUAAGCCGCGCAAUGAAACAAAAGAACAGGUCUGUGUGCAGAUUGAUGAAUCGGAUUUAGAAAAUAAAGGAAAGCAGAAGGAAUUCAUUCCUCAAAAUAUUCAAAUUCUAGAAUCGAAGAAUUCAAUUGGGCGGUAUCAGAGCUCACAGCAAGCAAGCAGUAGUUGAAGUCACACGACGGCUCAUCUGUUCACGUUUUCGAUAUUUGAUACUGUUGAUUCAGAGGAAACCCCGGCUUCAAAGCAUCAGGCUGCGGUUAUUUGCAAAAGAUUCGGUAAGCACCGGGCAAGUCGAUCUGCGAAAGUUGAUAAAAACCGGCGGAAAGAACUUGGGUAGGUUCCAGAAUUGAGAAGAUAGUUGAUUCAGGAACAAGGAUUGCUAAAGGGUUAUUGAAAAUUGUCGUUAACAGGAUUUUCUUGAACUUUUCUAAAAGACUCUAACUUGAAAGCUGCAAAAGCGAAAUGGAUUCUGUUGUUGUGGCCAACACCCAUGAUUCGCAAGACCUGUUGCAAAGCGAAAGAAUCGAGACAAUCAGUGUUCAUAAAACUGAAACUGAAGUGGUAACGAGCAUUUGCGUCGAAGAACAAAUCGUGGAGAAGUCAGUUGACAGCAAAAAUGUCGUGGUGCUUGAAACGGUAGACGCCUCAGUCAAUAACAAUUGCACAGAAACCACGGUCGAAGAACUAGAGAAAACCGGUGAAAAUGACGAGAAGAAUGUAAACUCGGAGACUGUCGUUAUUGUAACUGAACUUAAUUCUGAAACAUCAAAGAUUUUUCAGACAGUCAGCAGCACCAAAGCUCAGGAAAACGAGGGGGCAAGUUCGAAUACAGUUGAAGACGAGAGUACAAGCGAGGAUCAUGUUUCUGAGGCCAAAGCAUCUUUGGAAACUGUAAGAAAAAAUUCUGAUGAAGGCACAAGUUUUUCAAAUGAAGUUACUGAAAUUAUAUCUAAUAAAGAAAUUUUAACAGUAAAAACUGUCAGCUCUUCAGAUAAUAGUGAGGCCUUGGAUUCUGAGACGACGGUGAUAACCCACACGGAAGCUGCGCAAGAAGUUACACACACGGAAGAUUUGUUAAUGCAAAAUGCAGAUAUGACGUCACAAGCUGGGGGUAAAACAGCACCUGCUGAGGAAGAAACAUCACCAGUUGUAGAGAAGGUAGAAGAUGUGAAAGAAGAAGAUGCACCAGGGGAAGCUGAAGUUGUUGUUGGUACUGUCCAAGCAACACCCCCUGCGAGUGCGGAUAGUGAGACUCCGAAGGCACCUGCUGGAGAACUGAUACCAGUAGUGAAAACAACACCAGAAACUGCACCAGAACCACCAUCAGAAACAGCACCAGAAACUGCACCAGAAACAGUAUCAGAAACAGCACCAGAAAACGUGCCAGAAAACGUGCCAGAAAACGUGCCAGAAACUGCACCAGAACCAGCAUCAGAAACAGCACCAGAAUCUGCACCAGAAACAGCAUCAGAAACAGCAUCAGAAACUGCAUUAGAAGCAGAACCAGAAACCGUACCAGAAUCUGCGUCAGAAACAGCACCAGAGACAGCACCUGAAAUAGCACCAUACACAGCACCAGAAACAGCACCAGAAAUAGCACCAGAAACAGCGCCAGAAACUGCAUCAGAAGCAGUAGCAGAAAAUUCACCAGAAACAACGCAAGAAACUGCACUUGGAACUGCACCAGAAACUGAAACUGCACCAGAAACUGAAACUGCACCUGCACCUGAAACAGUGCCAGAAUCUGCAACAGAACCUGCAACAGAAAAUGCACCGGAAACAGAAAGUGCACCAAAAAUUGAAACUUCAACAGAAACUGCAACUGCACCAGAAACUAAAAUUGCGCCAGAAACUGAAACUGCACCAGAGACUGAAACUGCGCCAGAAACUGAAACUGCACCAGAAACUGCACCAGAGACUGAAACUGCGCCAGAAACUGAAACUGCACCUGAAACAGUGCCAGAAUCUGCAACAGAACCUGCAACAGAAAAUGCACCGGAAACAGAAAGUGCACCAAAAAUUGAAACUUCAACAGAAACUGCAACUGCACCAGAAACUAAAAUUGCGCCAGAAACUGAAACUGCACCAGAGACUGAAACUGCGCCAGAAACUGAAACUGCACCAGAAACUGCACCAGAGACUGAAACUGCGCCAGAAACUGAAACUGCACCUGAAACAGUGCCAGAAUCUGCAACAGAACCUGCAACAGAAAAUGCACCGGAAACAGAAAGUGCACCAAAAAUUGAAACUUCAACAGAAACUGCAACUGCACCAGAAACUAAAAUUGCGCCAGAAACUGAAUCUGCACCAGAGACUGAAACUGCGCCAGAAACUGAAACUGCACCAGAAACUGCACCAGAAACUGCACCAGAAACUGCACCGAAGACAGAAAGUGCACUAGAAACAGCACUAGAAACUGCACCAGAAUCCGAACCUGCACCAGAAUCAGAACCUGUAGCAGAAUCAGAACCUGAACCAGAAUCAGAACCUGCUCCAGAAUCAGAACCUGCAUCAGAGACAGCACAGGAAACUGCACCAGAAACAGCACCAGAGACAGCGCCAGAAAUAGCACCAUACACAGCACCAGAAAUAGCACAAGAAACAGCACAGAAACAGCACCAGAAACAGCACCAGAAACAGCACCAGAAACAGCACCAGAAACAGCACCAGAAACAGCACCAGAAACUGCACCAGAAACAGCUGCAGAAGAAGUAGCAGAAUCAUCCCCUGAGGAGAAGACAGGACCCGUUGAAGAAGCUGAAUCACCUAAAAGUGAAACAAUGGCAAAGACAGAGCAGGAGGUGACACGCCCAGUGGUAACACUAACGGAAAUUAUAAACCAAGAAAAGACGCAGCCAGA